UUCCUCCCCACUCCCCACUCCACUCUCCCAAGAAGCUCCAGCUGUUCUCCUCCCCACCCUAAUGCCCUGCAUUCCUCCCCACUCUCCCAAGAAGCUCAAGAUGUCCUCCUCCUCCGCCACCGAAGACGCCGCUUCGUCCGCCCCCGGCGAACCCCGGCGGCGCUACGAGCGUCGCAUGGUGGCCAUCUUCCUCGGCUACUGCGGCGCCGGGUACCAGGGCAUGCAGAAGAACCCCGGCGCCCGGACCAUCGAGGGAGACCUCGAGGAGGCCCUCUUCCUCGCCGGCGCUGUCCCUGCUGCCGACCGCGGCCUCUCGCGCCGCUACGAGUGGGCCCGAUCUGCUCGCACCGACAAGGGCGUCAGCGCUGCUGCUCAGGUCGUCUCGGGCCGCUUCUGCUUCGAUCCGCCUGGCUUCGUCGCCCGCCUCAACGUCCACCUCCCUGACCAGAUCGCCGUCUUCGGCUUCAAGCGAGUCACCGACUCCUUCAGCGCCAAGAAUCUCUGUGAUCGGCGACGGUACGUCUACCUUCUUCCCGUGUUUUCCCUUGACCCUAGCGCACAUCCGGACCGGGAGUCCGUCACGGAGAGCAUCGGAUCUGACAACGAGCUCACACGCUGCUUAGAGUGCUCAGAGAGGGGGCGCAAGAGACGUGCUUCUCAGGGAUCUAAGCAGGAAGAAAGGCCUGUUUCUCAACAAGUCGCUUCGUUAAAAAAUGGCGCUGUCAAAAUUGAGGAUGGUAAAUUUGAGUCAGUUAAGCUAGAAAAACCUGACAUUGCAAGUGUUGGAGCCAGUGACCAUCAGCUUCUAGUCGUGAAGCUAGAAACUGCUGAUUCUGUAUCGAUCCAAGGUGCCAUUGAUCCGGAAACUAUAACAGAGCUUAGGGCUUCCAAUGUGGAUGAAUCUGGUAAUUCAAGCAAUAUUGAUUUCUUCUCGGAAGAGAAAUCGACAGUGGAGACUGUAGUUCAUGAAGAAUCCAAUGAGCAACCGAGAGCCAAAACCAAAUUCUGUUAUGAUGAUGAACACAAAGCGAGAUUCAAUCGAAUCCUACAGCAAUAUGUAGGAACUCAUGACUUCUGUAACUUCACGAAUAGAAGGGCUGAAGUUCCCUCUACUCGUCGAUACAUCAUAUCCUUCCACGCAAAUACUGUCGUCUGUAUUGACGGGAUUGAGUUUGUGAAGUGUGAAGUUGUAGGGCAGAGCUUCAUGCUCCAUCAGAUCAGGAAGAUGAUCGGCCUCGCUGUUGCGGUGAUGAGGAAUUGUGCACCCGAAUCGAUUAUCGGUGUUGCCUUAAAAAAGGAUGUAGGUGUCAAGGUUCCGACGGCUCCUGAAGUCGGACUAUACCUGGACGAAUGCCUAUUCACUUCCUAUAAUAAGCAAUGGAAGGACUCACAUGAGCCACUGACCAUGGAUGCAUAUGCUGAAGAAGCUGAAGAUUUUAAAAUGAAGUAUAUACACACUCACAUCGCCGCCAUGGAGCACAAAGAAGGCACCUUUGCGCUCUGGCUUCACUCGUUGAACCAUCGUAACUAUCAAGAUCUCUGUGCCAUAAGUAACUGUGCUGUUCCUCAUGGGAAACAUGAUGAUGACGAGGAUGAGCGUUAUUACCCUUUUUAGUUGAUGGUAUGUUAUCGUUUAGUUUGUAUUUCAAUGGUUGUUUUUAAGUUGACAUCAGGUAUUCAAGUUUCAUGUUCCUCUAUAUGACAUUUUGAUUUUGCUUGA